GCUGGCUUCCUCCAGUAUUAGGACCCUUCUUGCUUGCAGUGAGAGACCUCAAGCUGGAGACAGCAUGGUGAAGUGUGGCUGUGGCCAGCUGGUAUUUAUUUCCCAAAUCACACCUGUGUUCAGCCUGUUGUUUGCAAGGCUUUGAGGUUUAUUUCCCUUUUACUGUAAAUCUAAACCAGCCCUUUUCCCUGUGAUAGACAACAGUAAGGUCCUCUGUGAGCCUUUUUAGAGCAUGUGAGUUGGAAGACUGGGAACUGUAAGAUGAGUCUGUACAACAGCUCUUUGCAAAGCCUGGAGCCCAGCGGCGUCCUCCUCCAUCGCUGUGUUGCGUGCACGGUUAGUGGUGAAGGACGUGGUGGGCUUCUGUUGGUCUGUACGUUACCUGCUAUGGAAAAGGAUUUGCGAGUGCAUAUUUAUCCCGAGAGCACUGAACCAAAAUCUUACAACUGUCUGUCACGGGUUGGUAGUUUGUGCUUGUUAGGAUGUAAAAUGGUGGUUUAAGAGGUCUGUGGCCCGUUGUUGCUCUCUCGGGCAACCCAUCCCUCAAGUGGAAUCGCGUGCCCGUAAUACCAGCUGAUGUCCUCUCUGUGUCCUCACCAGCAGACCCUGCAAGCUCCCCUCGAGGCCUGGCCCUUGGGGAGGGAAGUGGCUGUGCCAUUCACACCGGUGCAAAAAACAGGCAAGAGCGAUCCACUAGCAGACAGAGUGCGUUACCCCUCUGCUGCCCCAAAAUGUGCAUGGCAGGACUUUGAGAAGUCCCUGUCAGGAAGGGCAAAUAUUAAGCCAGAAUUGCUGAACGCAUGUAGGAGAUGUGCUGUGAUGUUUCCAGGUGCCACCAGACAGAGGUAGCAUCUUUCUCCUGUUAAUUAAAGCCUUUCCUAGGAUUUGGAUCCAAAAGGGAUUUAAACCCUACUAACAGAAUAGAGCUAGUAUGAAGCUGGCUUGAGUUCUUCCAGCUCAGUGGCAACUGGAGUCCACUUUCCUCUUUCUUUGGGUUAUGUGGUGCGAGUUUAACUUCAGUUCCUCAAGAGCAAGUGUUCAUACUGCAGUGAUACUCGUCCUUUAGUUGUAUGAGCCAAAGCUCCUGGUGGGGGAGCCACAGAUGACUGCGGGACCCAGGUGCAAAACUUGCCCUUCCCAAAGAUGGGUCCCCUACGCAAGAACCGAGACCGGGAGGAAAGCGGGGUGAAGCUGUCCUGCUGCAUUGCUCGUGGCUUCUGGCAUCUGCUUUUCAAAAUGAGAUCUGACUCCUAAGGACUCCUAGCCCAGCUCUUUCUCAGCAGUGCAGAGGUGGCAGUUGCCACUGUCUGCAGCGGAUUUGCUUAUUUAAUAGUUCUUUGGAUUUCUCUGGUAUUUUCUGCACUCCCCAGUUACUUGCCAUCGGCUCUAACUUGUGAAUUUUGAUUAAUUCUGAUUUGCCUGCAGAAACUUGUAUCUGAAGCCAUGCAGGGGCCGAGGCCAGUGGUUCUGAGUGGCCCAUCAGGCGCAGGAAAGAGCACUUUGUUAAAGAAGUUGUUUAAAGAUUACGAGAACGUCUUCGGCUUCAGUGUCUCCCAUACCACAAGGAAGCCAAGACCUGGAGAAGUAAACGGCAAAGAUUACCACUUUGUGACCAGAGAGGAAAUGCAGAAAGAAAUUGAUGCCGGUGAAUUCAUUGAGCAUGCAGAGUUCUCUGGAAAUAUGUACGGGACGAGUAAAGGUGCGGUGCAGGCCAUUCAGGCCCAGAACCAGAUUUGUGUCCUUGACAUCGACAUCCAAGGUGUGAAGAACAUCAAGAAGACAGACCUGAACCCCAUCUACAUCUCUGUGCAGCCUCCAUCCAUAGAUGUCUUGGAAAAAAGACUACGUGACCGACAGACUGAGACAGAAGAAAGUUUACGGAAGCGUUUGACUGCAGCCUGCGUAGAUUUGGAACUUAGCAAAGAGCCUGGCCUGUUUGACUUGGUCAUUAUUAAUGAUGAUCUAGAAAAAGCCUAUUCCGAAUUGAAGGAAAUACUCGUGGAGGAAAUCAAGAAGGCCCAAGAAUCCAGGAAGUCCUGAGCUGAGCCUGCUUGGACGUUUUAACUUUGCACAUCAUUCCUGAAGCGUAUCACAGUAUUUUAUUCCAAGAGACAUUCCCUUUAGCCUGAUGCCCUUUCAAAGUUAUUCUAGAAUGUUUCUAUUAAAACAAAAGAAAACGAGA